ACUGUUCUGGCUCAAGCAGUCAAUGCCAGAAACGGAAAUGCUCGCAGGAAGCUCGGAUUAGUUCAGUUGGCGUUCGUCUGUUUAUGUACAAAUUCUAAAGUACGAGGAUAUGUUGCUGGUUGAGUUACGAGCAUAUAUUAUUUAAAGCGCAGCCUUUAUUUAUUAAUAUGUUGAAAGAAAAAUAAGUAUUGGAUACAAAUUUCUACCUGCCAGCUGUCAGAAGAUUUAUUCUAGAGUUUGUCUGCGUUGUGUUUUUGCUGGAUUGGGAAAAGGGAGAAUGCUUGAAGAAUGUUACCGGUAAAAGGGAGAGAUGCCGGGGUCUGGCAGCAAACUAAAGGCCUGCUAUACAAAAACCUGCUUAUUAAAUGGAGGACCAAACAGCAGAGUCUGCAGGAGCUGAUCCUGCCCUUGCUGUUGCUGGGGCUCCUGAUUCUCAUCAGCACACUGCACCCCCACGUCUAUUACCAUGGCAUCUCCACCGUGGAGCUGGAGCGCCAAUACAGCUACGACUCGGAGCCAAAAUACCUGGGAUACACGCCCAACAAUACCGUUACCAAUCGCAUUAUGGACAAGGUGGCGGAACAUUUAACUAACGAAGGGAUUGAGGUGGAGAUGUUCCACAGCGAGAAGGCCUUGGAGAAUGCCAGCCUGCACGAUCAGUCAUCCUGGGUGGGUGUGGUGUUCCAGAACUCGUUAAGCUACCAGCUGCGCUUUCCCUACAAUUCUGUGCCACUGCCCAGCGACUACACAGACUCAAUCGCCAGCUGCUUUACAGACAGUAAAUCGUGCAAGGCUGCAAACUACUGGUACUCAGGAUUCACCAAACUCCAGUCAUACAUUGAUGCAGCCAUCAUAGAGGUGCAGACCCAGCGGGCGGUCUGGAGGGAGAUGGAAGGACUACGGGUUGUGAUGAUGGGCCAGCCCGGGUCAGUGGAGGUCCAGAAGUUCCCUCACGCGCUCAUCUCCAUCUACCUGGUCCUGGCAUUCACGCCCUUCGUGUCCUUCCUCAUCGUCAACGUGGCGGCGGAGAAGGAGUGUCGCCUGAAGGAUGCCAUGGCCAUGAUGGGGCUGCACGACUCUGCGUUCUGGCUGUCCUGGGGCUUGCUGUAUGCUGCCCUGGUCUCCACCAUGUCAGUCCUCAUGGCAAUCAUCUCCACAUGCACCUCCCUCUUUCCCAGAAGCAGCUUCUUUGUGAUCUUUCUGCUCAUUUUUCUGUACGGGAUAUCCACAAUCUUCUUUUCCUUCAUGCUUACACCCCUCUUCAAGAAACCCAAGUUCGCCAGCACUGUGGGCUCCAUGCUGACAGUAGUGUUCGGUUGCCUGUCUCUCUUCACUGUCCUGAUGAAGGAUUUCCCUCAACCGCUGGUCUGGGUGCUGUGCCUGCUGUCUCCCAGUGCCUUCUCCAUCGGCAUUGCACAGGUGGUGUACCUGGAAGCUCAGGGAGAUGGAGCAGUCUUCUCCACUCUGUCCAAUGGCCCCCACCCCCUUUUUGUGCCCCUUGUCAUGCUGGUGCUUGAUAGCUUCCUUUACCUCCUGCUAGCAGUCUACCUGGACCAGGUCUUGCCAAGGGAAUAUGGAAUACGCCGGUCCAUCCUCUACUUUCUGAAGCCGUCCUAUUGGUCCAGACACAUGAAGCACUAUAAAGAGGUCAGUUCGCGGUUUGAUAGUGAAGUAAACGGCGUCCCUCCGUCCAGCGAGUCAGUCGAGCCCGUGUCUUCAGAGUUCCAGGGGAAGGAAGCCAUCAGAAUUAACAAUAUUCAUAAAGUUUAUAAGGAGAAGGACAGUUCUGUUGAGGCACUUAGAGGUUUGACGUUUGACAUCUAUGAGGGACAGAUCACAGCCUUGCUGGGGCACAGCGGAGCAGGGAAGUCCACGCUGAUGAAUAUUCUGUGCGGGAUCUGCCCUCCCACUGAAGGCUCUGCCAUGAUCUAUGGCUCCCCAGUGUCUGAGAUGGCAGAGGGGCUGGAGAUGCGGAGGCUGAUGGGAAUCUGCCCGCAGUUCAACAUCAUGUUCGAGGUUCUGACUGUGGAGGAGCACCUGAGGAUCUUUGCUGCCAUCAAGGGCAUCCCCCCUGGCGACAUCAACAGAGAGGUAGCCAAAGUGUUGAAGGACUUAGAUCUGGAGAAGAUCAUGGACGCCCAGGCCAAGAACCUGAGCGGCGGCCAGAAGAGGAAGCUGUCUGUGGGCAUUGCCAUCCUGGGGGACCCCAAGAUUCUUCUCCUGGACGAGCCCACGGCAGGAAUGGACCCCUGCUCCCGGCACCAGGUGUGGUCUCUGCUGAAGAGCCGUCGGUCGGAUCAUGUCACUGUACUCUCCACCCACUACAUGGACGAGGCUGACAUCCUGGCAGAUCGGAAAGCUGUGCUCUCCCAUGGACUCCUCCGGUGUAUUGGCUCCUCUCUCUAUCUCAAAACUAAAUGCGGGGUCGGCUACCACCUCCGAAUGUCAGUGACUGAGUCAUGUGACACAGACCACAUGACCUCAUUGAUCAAACAGCACAUCUCUAAGGCACAGUUGUCACGGCAACAGGAGGCGGAACUGACAUACACUCUUCCUUUUGAAAACAUGGACACGUUUUCAGGCCUGUUCUCAGAGCUGGACAGCCGGCCUGAUCUCGGAAUAGAGAACUACGGUGUUUCCAUGACAACACUGGAAGAUGUUUUCCUGAAGCUAGAGGCUGAGGCUGAGGUCGAUCAAGCAGAUUACAGCGUGUUUAACCAAGAGCAGGUGGAGGAGGAAGGGGACGCCUCUUCUCUGGACGACACUGACCAGCAGCUCCUCGUCUUCUCUGACAGCAAGUCUGAGGGCUUCUCUGGACACGCUCUGUGGAGGCAGCAGUUCCGCACCAUAGCCAGACUGCACCUGCUCAACCUGCAGAGGGAGAGGAAGCCCAUCAUUCUGGCUCUGUUCGUCAUCUUCCUGGCCUCAGUGCUGGCUCUGUCCCUGAUCAGUGGCAAUAUUCGAAUCAACGCCACGACCCGUCGGCUCUCCCCAGACCUAUACCUCCUCAGCAGCAAACAGCCGCUUUCCAAGUACGCUAGCAGCCUGCUGCUGCACAAUGCCACCGACUCGAGUAUUGACGACUUCAUCCAAAAUCUGGAAUCGCAGGAUAUUAAGGUGGAAUUGCAGAAAGGAAAUGAUUUCAUGGCAACUGCCCCACAUAGUGCCGCCUUUAACAUUUCAGGUUCCAAUAAGCAGCACUACGAGUACACAGCUGUGUUUAACAGUACCAAGGUACACUCCCUUCCUAUGCUGCUGAAUAUCCUGAGCAACGCCCUGCUGCACAGCCUCAAUGGAACCGGUCGCAUCGAGACAUGGAGCAAACCCUUUGAAUUUAAAAUUCCUGAGGCUCUAUCGAGCGCCCUGAUCUAUAUUGAAGCAGUUCUGCUGGGAAUGCUGGCAGCAGGAAUGCCAGCCUACUUUGCCAUGGAACACACACGGGACCGCGAGAUAAAGUGCCGAUCCCAGCUGCGAAUCUCAGGCUUGGUCCCCUCUGCAUACUGGUGCGGUCAGGCUGCUGUCGACAUCCCCUUCUACUACCUCAUCUUGAUCGCCAUGACCAGCACUCUCUUCGCCUUCCACUCGGAGGAGCUGUUGCACGCCGGCGCAUACACAUCGGUGAUCCCUUGUCUGAUAGGCUACGGUCCAGCGAUGAUCCUCUUCACCUACGUGGUGUCCUUCAUGUUCACUCGCGUCCAGAACAAUCGGGAUUUCCUCUCUGUCGUCUCCAUGCUGGUCUGUGUGGUAUCUGCAUUCUUGGUUCAACUGACCUAUGUGAAUGAAAACCAGGUCAUAGCCACAAUUCUGCACAACUCUUUGUGCUUCUUCAACCCACUGUACCCGCUCAUGGGCUGUCUCAACUGCAUUACCAAGAAGACUUUCACUGACAUGAGCAUUUAUGAAGACACUGGAACGCUGAGUAGAAACAUGCUGGUAACCAUUGUAUCGCCCUACCUGCAGUGCAUCUUUCUUCUCUUCUUGCUGCGUUGGCUGGAGAUCAGAUACGGAGGCAAGACCAUGAAGAAUGAUCCGCUGUGCAGGAUCUCCUCUGGGAAGACGAAAGUACAGAGGAACCCUGAAGAGUCAGAGAAUGAGGACGAGGAUGUCCAAGCAGAGAGGGCAAGGGUCAAGGAAGCACUGAGCUGUCAGAGCUGCGAAGAGAAGCCAGUGGUGGUGGUGAGCAGCCUGAGGAAGGAGUACAGCACCCGUCAUGACGGUUUCAUCUUGAACACCAAGAAGAAGAAAGUGGCAACAAGAAACAUCUCCCUCUGCGUUCGCAAAGGUGAAGUGCUGGGACUGCUGGGUCCAAACGGAGCAGGGAAGACCACUACCAUGUACAUGCUGGCUGGAGAAACGGAGCCCACGGCAGGACAGGUGCUGAUGGGUGAUUACUGCACCGAGUUCCGGCAGGUGGACAGCACCCUGGAGUACAUUGGCUACUGUCCACAGGUGAACCCGCUGUGGCCCAAGAUCACCCUGCAGGAGCACCUGGAGAUCUACGCCUCCAUCAAGGGGCUCGGCCAGAAUGAGGUCGCCGGCAUCAUCAAACGUGUUGUGAAUGCACUGGAGUUGAAGGAACACCUUAAAAAGAAAGCCAAGAAUCUUUCGGCAGGAAUUAAGAGAAAGCUCUGUUUUGCCUUGAGCAUGCUGGGUAACCCCCAGAUUGUGCUUCUGGAUGAACCUUCAACAGGAAUGGACCCCAAAGCCAAGCAGAGGAUGUGGAGAGCUAUCCGUGCAGCAUUCAAGAACCGCCAGCGGGGGGCGAUACUCACCACCCACUACAUGGAGGAGGCGGAGGCUGUGUGUGACCGAGUCGCCAUCAUGGUGUCAGGGCAGUUGCGGUGUAUCGGCUCUAUCCAGCACCUGAAGGGAAAGUACGGCCGUGGGUACAGCCUGGAGGUGAAGCUGCGGGAGGAGAUGACAGGGCUGCAGCAGGUGGAUCCCCUUCACAAGGAGAUCCUGAGAAUCUUCCCUCAUGCAGUGCGGCAAGAGAGCUUUGCCACUCUGAUGGUGUAUAAGAUCCCCAUGGAAGAUGUGAAGUCACUCUCACAGUCCUUUUCACAGUUGGAAAAGGCAAAAGAUUCCUUCCAUUUUGAGGAGUACAACUUCUCUCAAGCUACACUGGAACAGGUAUUCUUGGAGUUUGCUAAAGAGCAGGAGAAUGACGAGGAAGAGAUUGGGUCCCUGAGCACAACGUUUCAAUGGCAGAGACUUCAGCAAGACGAGCCGGUGUCGACGCCCCACUCGGACAGCAUUGUCCACCAGCUUUAACCCCUGGAGCCGGAAUACUGAACUCUUUUCUACUGAAUCUGAUUGAUCUUGGAUCUCUUGUACUCUCUCUGUGUAUUGAAUCUGACAACUCUCAGAUCUCCAGUACGGAAUUCUCUCUGUUCAGUUUGCUGGCAUCGCUCAGACGUGUUAUUGGAAAUAAUGCAGGACAACGAGCUUCUGAAGAGUUGUCUUUUGGUUUUAUGUUUUGAGUGGAUCUUCAAAUAUCUCCCUGCCCACUUCCUAAAGGAGAUACACUUGAUUGAAUGCACUCUCAGCCUGCCAAUAUGAGUGAGUGGAUUAAUUUUAAGGAAAUGACAGCCUUUUGAAACGAGCAUGCAUGCUCAAAGGGGCUACCCUUUUAUAUUCUAGAAUAAACACAGUAUAUAUCAUUUUCAUGCCACAAUAUAAAAUGACACAGACAGCGUUAAAUCCAGCAAGAUGCGAUAAUACUGCUGAUGCUACAGAUAAAUCAUUAAUAAGAGACAACACCAUGCAUUAAGAAAAAUUGCAUUAGGUGACAACAGUAUUUUAAAGGGGAAUUGAUUUCAGCCUAAAUACUUUGUUGUUGCAUAUAUAUGUGGUGGAUUGAAAUGCUGAAAUUUGUAUUCAUACAGUUUCAAUAAUUGCUUCAGCCAGCUAGUGUCAGUCUUUUACAUUUGUAAGAGUCACCUGUGAAUGUAUAAAUGUAAGGCUUGAGGUAUUGUCAAAGUAUUAUAAAUCCAUGAAUGUGUAAAUAUAUGAUUGAGGAAUGGGAGGGAGAGGCCCAGUUCACAACGGUAGGUCUUCCCUUGUGUCCACAUGUAAUAACAAAUCAUAUUGCUUCCUCAGUAGUGUGGCUCAAAAGUCACGGUUUGUAAACAGCAGACUCCUGCAAAGAUGAUUGAUCCACAUGGCAGAGGUGGAGCUUCUCAUUCAGAGCAACUCCUUUUUAGAAGUGUCUUCACAAUUCCUCUACAUUACUCUACAUCCAUAGUCUAUAGUUGCAGUAGUAUCACCGUUUGUUAAACUGUUCUGCAGAGUCCCUCAGUCGUUCCGUUCACAGCAAUGCAGCCGUUUCUUUUCAGUUUUUUCAGAAUAACGUGUGGUAAAACAGAAUAUUUUGAAUACAUCGAUGCAGGGCUGUUAACUAUGGUUGUCUCAAAUGUUUGGUAAAAGAAGGUAAUCUUUUAUGACCAUGUGUUUUUAUGCAUGGAUCUUUAGCUUGUAGCUGGAUAAUUGGGGAUUUAUGUAAUAACACAUUUUGGGAUUUAAGCCUGUUCAUUAAUCCCUUUAGUUGUAUGUCUGCACUGGAGUUGGACCCCUGCUCAAGCUGAAUGUUUUUACUGGUUUGCCAUCUUAACCCAGGUGUUCAAGUCCAUCCUAUGUGUUCCAGCGGGAGAGAUUCCAGCUUUUAUUGGAGUUAAGGGUGAAAAAAUGAAUAUUUUACUUACAGCUUGUUUCUGAUAUGUAUCUAAGGUGGGUGGAAAGUACUGUAUCCUAUACACCCAACAUUGCUAUGUUUGUGUUUGUUUUAAAAAGGAAAUUGCACUAUUUGUAACUGUCCCUUCAAUUCUUGAUUUCUGUUGAAUGGAAAGAAACAACUACUGCGGACCGCAAAGAUAUUUUUACUUUGCAGUUUUGCACUUGAUUUUAAUUGAAACAGCAUUGUGUGUCAUCAUUUAACUAAAUGCAUGUAACUAUUACUGUAGUAUGGAUAGCCUGAUUUAUAAUAUGCUUUUGUAAAAUUACAUUACAAUGCAUCUCUUUUUCUUCUUUAUGCUCAGCCAGGAGGAUUGAGCUUAUAAAUGAGAGGUGUGUUUUUUUGUUUUUUUUCUGGGGAUAAUUGUGACUGCAGUAUAAGGACAAAGGGAGAAAAGGUUAAAUAUUUUUUGUGUAGAUUACAAUUUUUAUUUCUACUUUUUAAUGAUUAUUUUGUACAGGAAAGCCUGUCCUAUUAUCAAUAAGCUAAGGAUUUUUUAUUUUUUUAAUAUAAAGAAACUGGGCUUUAAUUAACUUUGAACCCUGCUUGUUGCACAGUGUUUAUUUUUGAACACUCUACAAGUGUUGCACGUUUGUAAUGCUGAGGGGAGAAUUUAAAGCCAAUCCAUUCUUAUACAGUUGCUGCCUUUGUGAACCUUUGUAUAUCGUAAUACAGAGCUGAUACAGUGAUUGUGGUCAUGAUAGGUUUGUUUAAUAAGUGGUUUAUGAGGUGAAUUGUCUGGUAAUGUGACAUUUGAUUACAAUAUUCAGUUGAUUCCGUUAACCAUUGGUGCAAUGAAGUGUUUUUUGUGGUAUGUUUACAUUCCAUCCUCAUUGCUUUAAUAUAUCGCAUUAGCAUUAUAUCGAUGUUUUCAAUUAAAUUAAAUAAAUAAAUAAAUACAAUUUAUAUUAGAAGACAGAGAGGCCUUAACAUCAGGGGUUAUUCAAAUAAUGUUUAUUCCAAGUUGUUUAAUAAUAAAAUAGUUUGAUAUUGUCGGUUUCUUUAAUAGAAACCUAGAACAAUUUGAUUAUCACAUUUUUUAUUUUAUUUUAUUAAUAAAAACAGACUUUGAAAAAAUAUUCUUUAAAUCCCUCACAGCUUUGUGAGUAGGGCCUGGUGUCAUGGAGACAGGCCAUACUGUAUAGUAUAGUACUUCCCCAUGAAACAUGAGAGUGGAGUGUACAGGACAUUCAACAACCGUGUUUUAGAUUUUUACUGUAAUUAGAAUGCAUGUUAUUAAACGAGGGACAGACUUACUUGCUCCAGAGCAAAGGUUGCAGCAAUCUUUUAAAACUACUAAGACAUUAGAAACUGACCUGGUUUGAUAGAACCUAAAACCUAACCCUCCUCCCAUGUGCAAUAGGGUUCAUGAAAGGGUACAUCUCCUUCAUGAAUUAAAAAAAAAAAAAGGUGCAACAACUUCACAGAAGUGAGUGUUUUAAAUCUAGUCCUAAGAGCCUUUCAAGGUAGGUAGUGUCAGGUUACUUGUACGUUAAGGACAUUGUUUUAACAGAACCUUUAAAAGAGGGCAGAGUGCAUUCAAAAGUUUUAACUACUGUAGUUCUGUUUUUGCGUUUCACGAAAUCUGUGGUAUCAUGUUUGAAAUGUCAGUACCUGCAAUGCACAUGUUUUAGUUGUUGUUUGGUGUAACCUAUAGCCUGUAUGAUAAACACUAUUGUGUGUUCAUGUUUUAUUUUUUCCUUUUAACUGUAUUACUGUUUUCAAAAAUGUAUCUGGGUGAUUUUAGUAGUUCCAGGAGAUGUGGAUUUGUACGUAUCACGGUUCACUCCAGAUCGAUUAAUGAAUCACAGCACUGUCAAUUGUGAAAUAAAUUCCCUGUGCACCUUCAAAUAAAUACUGCUGUGUUUGCUUGGA